GAAGAGAGUUGUUGUGCCUCUUAGAAAAAGGGCCCUUCCGGUGGGCGUUUCCAAAUCAAGGAAGAGGUCCUGUUGUUCAAGCUCUUGCUGAGGAAAGGUAGGGGAACUCUGGGUGUUUCUUGGAGAAUCUUUGCUCUGAAUCAGAAGGAGAAGGAAUAGCACAAUAUGACUCUCUUGACAUGAAAAACAAAGAUGGAUGAGCCAGACUUAACUGGUCCUGAAGACGGAAAAGUCCAGAAAUUUCUGUGGAAGGACCUGAUCGGAUCAAAUCCACAGAGCCAGCACUUCAAGCAGUUCACCUUUGAUAUGUUUGAGGGGCCCCGAGAGCUUUGCAGCCAACUCCAUCAUCUCUGUUGUCAAUGGCUGAAGCCAGAGCGUCACACCAAGACUCAGAUCCUGGACCUCGUGAUCCUGGAGCAGUUCCUGACCAUUCUUCCCCCAGAGAUGGCCAGCUGGGUCAGGGAAUGUGGGGCGCAGACCAGUUCCCAGGCGGUGGCUCUGACAGAAGGUUUUCUUUUGAGUCAGACAGAGGCCAAGAAACAGGAAAAAAAGCUGGUCACAAAUCCCUUGGUAAAAGCUCCACCGGAACUCCCUGCAGCAGAGAAGGCUCCAUUGGACACCAGACAGAGUCCCCAGUGGAGGGUGGUCAAUCAGGAGAGCAAUGGAGGCACCCUGUUGCAAGAGUCUGAAAUGAGGCCCCCAAGAAGUCCUCAGUUGUCUCUUCUUCCUUUUUGUGACGGAGCAGAACCCUACCAGAGUCUGGUGACAUUUGGGGAGAUGGUUGUGUCUUUCUCCCCAGAGGAGUGGGUCUUGCUGGAUCCAGACCAGAGAGCCCUGCACAGGCAGAUCAUGGUGGAGAUCCAUGACAUCGUGGCCUCUCUAGCAGAAAACUGCAGAUGUGACUGUGCAAAGUAUGGGAAAUGUUCUAGUCAAAAAUGGGAACUUACCAACCACCAGCAAAGACAGCAUUCAGAAGAGGAAAGUUACAUCCAAGAGAGUCUCUGCAAAUGCAAUGUUUCUGAGAAAUGUUUCCCCAAAAAAACAGCACUUGUGCCUCAUGAGAGACUUCGUGCUGGAAAACCACAUUUUCAGUGUGAUGUUUCUAUGAAAGGUUUUGGUUAUAAAUUGUACAAUGUGACCAACCAAGAAGCCCAAACAGUAAAGAAGUCAUACAAAUGCCAGGAGUGUGGCAAAUGUUUUGGUUACAAGUUGCAUCUUGUGGCCCAUCAGAAAAUCCACAUAGGUGAGAAACCCUACCAAUGCCAGGAGUGUGGGAAAGGCUUUGCUUACAAUUCACUACUUACGGCACAUUGGAGAGAGCACACAGACUUUGUGAGCCUUGGGAAAAUCCCCAUAGGAGAAAAUCCGUUCAAAUACUGGGAAUGCCGGAAACACUUUCCUCAAAAGAUAGUCCUUAUGGGGCAUGAGAGCAUCCACACAGGAGAAAAACCCUACAAAUGUCAGGAGUGUGGCAAAUGCUUUGCUCAAAAAGCAUGGCUUGCAAUGCAUCAGAGGGUGCAUACAGGAGAGAAACCCUACAAAUGUCAGGAGUGCGGAAAAGGUUUUGCCCGGAGAGCAAGCCUUUUGAAGCACCAGAGAGGCCACACAGGAGAGAAACCAUACAGAUGCCAGGAAUGUGGGAAAUGUUUUGUUCUGAAGGCAGUCCUUGUGAGGCAUGAGAAUAUCCACACAGGAGAAAAACCCUACAAAUGCCACGAGUGUGGUAAAUGUUUUACUGAGAAUUCAGCUCUUUUGAUCCACCAGAGAGUCCACACAGGUGAAAAACCGUACAAAUGCCAAGAAUGUGGGAAAGGUUUUGCUCAGAAUUCACACCUUCAAGGCCACCAGACUGUCCAUACAGGGCAGAAACCGUAUCAAUGCCAGGACUGUGGGAAAGGGUUUUCUUGGAAUUCAGCCUUUGUGAGGCAUCAGAAGAUCCACACAGGGGAGAAACUAUAUAAAUGCGAACAGUGCGGGAAAUGCUUUUAUCGCAAUUCAGAACUCGUGCUACACCAGAGCAGUCACACAGGAAGCAAACCAUACGAAUGUGAGAUAUGUGGGAAAUCUUUUGCUCAGAAAACUGUGCUUGUGAAUCACCAGAGAACACACACGGGAGAGAAACUAUACAAAUGCCAGGAUUGUGGGAAAUCAUUUGCUCAGAAUUCACACCUUCUAGGUCACCAGAGAAUCCACACUGGAGAGAAACCCUACCAAUGUCAGGAGUGUGGAAAAUGUUUUACUGGGAAUUCAACUCUGUUAGUCCACCAGAGGGUCCACACAGGAGAGAAACCCUACAAAUGCCAAAAAUGUGGGAAAGGCUUUGCUCAGAAUUCACACCUUCAAGGCCACCAAACAAUCCACACGGGAGAGAAACCUUACCAGUGCCAGGAGUGUGGGAAAGGGUUUUCUUGGAAUUCAGCCUUUGUGAGGCAUCGGAAAAUCCACACAGGAGAGAAACUACAUGUAUGUCAGCAGUGUGGGAAAUGUUUUCAUCUCAAUUCACAGCUUGUGCUGCAUCAGAACAGCCACACCAGAAACAAACCAUACACAUGUGAGUUCUGUGAAAAAUGUUUUACUCAGAAGGCAGAUUUUGUGAAGCACCUGCGAAUACAUACAGGAGAGAAACCGUACAAAUGCCAGAAUUGUGGGAAAUGUUUCACUCAGAAUUCACACCUUUUACGCCACCAGAGAAUUCACACUGGGGAGAGACCAUAGCAAUGUCAGCAGUGUGAAAAAUGUUUUGUUCAAGAAGCAGACCUUGUGAAACACCAACAUGUCCACGUAGGAGAGAAACCAUAUAAAUGUCAGGAGUGUGGGAAAUGUUUUGCUCAGAAAAAGCAUUUUGUGACCCACCAAAGAGUUCACACUGAGGGGAAACCUUAUAAAUGUGGCGAGGGUGGCCAGUCUUUUGGGAGGGAUAGCCAAUACCCCAGAAGGCAGGAGCAGAAUUCAAAACGAUCUUAAGAGAUUAGAGAGAUGAAUGACCAAAACUAACAAAAUGAAGUUCAACAGGGACAAGGCAAGAUACUCCACUUAGGCAGAAAAAUGAAAUGCAAAGAUACAGAAUGGAGGACGUGUGACUCAAGAGCAAUACAUCUGAAAAAGAUCUUGGAGUUCUCGUGGACAACAAAUUAAACAUGAGCCAACAAUGUCAUGCGGCGGCAAAAAAAGCCAAUGGGAUCAAUAGGAGUCUAGUGUCUAGAUCCAGGGAAGUCAUGCUCCCCAUGCUCUAUUCUGCCUUGGUCAGACCACAUCUGGAAUCACACUGUGUCCCGUUCUGGGCACCACAAUUGAAGAGUGAUAUUGACAAGCUGGAAUGUGUCCAGAGGAGGGCGACUAAAAUGAUCAAAGGUCUGGAGAACAAGCCCUAUGAGGAGUGGCUUAAAGAGCUGGGCAGGUUUAGCCUGCAGAAGAGAAGACUGAGAUGAGACAUGUUAGCCAUUUAUAAAUAUGUGAGAAGAAGUCACAGGGAGGAGGGAGUGAACUUGUUUUCUGCUGCUCUGGAGACUAGGAUGCGGAACAAUGACUUCAAACUACAAGACAGGAGAUUCCACCUGAACAUGAGGAAGAACUUCCUAAUUGUGAGAGCCGUUCAGCAGUGGAACUCUCUGCCCCGGAGUGUAGUGGAGGCUCCUUCUUUGGAAGCUUUUAAACAGAGGCUGGAUGGCCAUCUGUUGGGGAUGCUUUGAACGUGAUUUUCCUGCUUUUUGCACUAUGGGGUUGGACCGGAUGGCCUACGAAGUCUCUUCCAGGCAGCUGUGGAUAGUGAAACCCAAAGUGCAGAUACUGAGCCCCUUAAGCGGGUGGCCGGAAAUGGCAGCAGGCUGCCUAUAGAUCCGUCU